AUGCUUGCCAUUGGAUUAAUGAGGCAUUUUAGUUCACUUUCUAUAAAAUAAGGUUCCUCUUCUCUGGGGCUGUUGUCAUUAAACUCUCUCUCUGCUGAAUGAAAGCUUCAGUAUGCAGGUUACCACUACUACUGCUGUUUCCUUCCUGCUCUCUUGUUAUCUGUGGGUUGUGGAACCACGAGAUACCACCUCCACACUUACGGUGCCUAACGGAUGGAGUGGGAGUAUAUGGGGACCAAAGCAGGUCUGUGCUUCUGGCUAUGCCCAAAAAUUUUCCUUGAAGGUGGAGCCCUACCAGGGAAUCUGGCGUGAUGAUACUUCUCUAAAUGGCAUUCGCCUGUAUUGCUCAGAUGGCUCAAUCAUCUCAUCAGCAGAGGGAGAGUAUGGGACCUGGUCUAAAGAAGAGUCAUGCAAGUCUGGCUUUCUGAAUUCAUUCUCACUCCGCGUGUCAGCCCGUGAACCCAUAAAUGACAAUACUGCAGCUGAAAAUGUCAAGUUUAAAUGCACAGAUGGAAGAGAACUGGAAGGCAGUGGACAUGCAUGGGGUGAAUAUGCUGCAUGGAGUGAGUCCUGUCAAGAGGGUGGCAUUUGUGGGAUCCAGACAAAGGUCGAUAUAGUGCCGAGAUACAAUGCAGUGGAUCCCACUGGCCUCGAAAAUGUCAGGUUUUUCUGUUGCAGUUAAAUAUUGGCAACUCCUCCAUU